AUGUCAAGUGCACAACGGAAUGCACUGUAUGUGCUACGUAUGGUAUGGAGGGAUCCACAAAUACCACUGGCCAGAAGAUCAGUAUCCACGGCAACAGCAACUGUACCUCUCACCAUACAGCCUGACCACUCAUCUUCGACCACCUCUACUUCCACACCCCCAUCCACAUCUCCCAUCGACAACGUCCAUUCACUCCUUCCUAUCGAUACAACAUCCACCACGUCGACACCUUCAUUUCUCGAGCCGGAGUCUGACGAAUACACCACCGCCAGUCUCCUUCUUCCCGAGAGACAACUCCAUCCAGAACCUAUCCCUUGGCCUACACUAUUCCCCAAUUCCAACGUUAUCGCACCACAGUCCAAAUUCUGUGAUCCAAUAUACAGACUAGUCGCGCGAGAUCGAUACAAUGAUGCUCUAACAAUAUACAAAGAGAUCCUAUCGCAUAAUACCAGAAUACAGAAAGGCUUGUUGGGUCAUUCAAUCAGGAUACAGCAUCGACAUGAAUAUUUGAAACCUGCCGUAAGAUCUUUAGUCGAAGGUGAUCAUCAAUCCACUUUGUUAUGGUUGAACAUCUAUCCUAAUAGACCAGCAACCAGCAACCAUCCUGUAUUGAAAGAAAUCUGGAAACCUGUUUUGGACAUAGUGAUCAAUGAAAAAGAAUCGUUCAAGGAGGAUCCUCAAUUUUUACAAGAGUUUAUGGUAUUAGUUGGAAAGAAAGGACUAUUACCUACUUUUCUACCUCAAUUGUUACCUCAUUUGACCUUCGCUUUCCCACCUGAAACAUCACUUAGGAUAUUAGGAGAAAGCAUAAAAGCAUAUGUGAGUACGACUACUUCGGAUAAUUCCCAGACGGAUCGAGCGAGAUAUCAAGAAGAGAUCGUUCAACCUCAAGUUGUAGCUUGGUGGGGAUCAUAUCUGAGGAAAUUAAUUUUAGCUGGAUGGAAGGAACAGGCUUUGAAUCUAGCACAUAAGAAACCUUUUGGUGAAUCUGGAGAAUGGGAUGAUAUCACGAGGAAAUUUAUAGAUGAAGAAUUGUUGGAGGUUGGACGUAAAAAGAAAGAUGAUUCACUUAGAAUAACGGAUACUACCGAUAUCAUCCAACGGAUUCGAGGAACUUUAAGAGAUCUACCUACGCCGACAGAAUUAUCUACGUUGAUUAGAGCAUUGUCACAUCCGCUCAUCGCUCAGGAGCAUCCUACUCUAUUGAAUCGAUAUAAGUCGAGAUUCGUUCGACCACCUACUAUUGACCUACAACGAAGAAGGAGGGAAACGCCAACUGUGCAAAGUAAAUUAUGGAUCCAUUCGGAGAUCAUCAAUCUCCAGAAAGAAGGAGAACAUCAUCAGGCUGUAGAACAUUUCAGAGAGAAUUUCUUCUGGGUCGGAUUACCACCUCUUGAAACGAUUUAUGAAGAACCGAAAACUCCAAUAGGUAAUCCGAGAUCGAAGACCCUACCGAGUAUUCAAUUGAUAACUACCAUCAUACCAUCAGUGAUAUAUACAUUACCACGACCUAAAUCCAAGACAGUCAAACAAUUCUUUUCGUUAUAUAUGUCUAUGUUAAAGACCACCCCGCCAUCCCUUCGACCAAACCAAGUUACGUAUUCGACGUUAUUGAGAGAACUAAGUCAUCAUUCGGGAUCGAUGAUUGGAUUGUUAUCCUUAAGGGGUUUGAUAGACAAAGGAAUAAAUCCCGGACAAGAGAGUUAUGCGGCUGUUUUGUAUGCUUUGGCUGGACGGAGACACCCUGAGCAGAUGUGGGAUCUCCUCGACCAGGCGGAGAAAGAGGGGAUGGUGGGACUAAGAACUUAUAGAGGUCUACUUGCGAUACUGGUAAAGACGGGGUUGGCACGAGAGGCCGAGAGGGUGUUUUGGAGGGCGAGGGAGAAGACGGGACGAGACGAUGUAUUUGACGGACUGGACGUGGACUAA